AUGAGCGCGAGUGCACCUCCAGUCCAGGUGGUGGCGGUACCCUUCCUUAAAAUUUAAAAUAGGGGCGCGAAACCUGAAGGGGAAAGAAGCAAAGUAGAGGAGAAGUUGAGAGAGGAUCCUUAUCGCCGUCUGAACAGCCGGCAGACAUGGACCUGAAGCAGUUUGAAGCGGACAACUGUGGCAGCUGCAGACUGGCCUCUCUGAUCCCUGAUGUGUGCAGGGCGGAGGACUGCUGCCUGGGAGUGGAUGAGGCAGGCAGAGGUCCUGUGCUCGGACCCAUGGUGUAUGGGAUAUGUUUUUGUCCUGUUUCUAAAAAGGAGGAGCUGAAGGACCUGAAAGUAGCCGAUUCAAAGACCCUAACUGAGGCUGAAAGAGAGAAUCUGUUCCAAAACCUGGACCAAGCAAAAAGCUACGUUGGCUGGGCCCUGCAGAUCCUUUCUCCCAACAUGAUCUCCACCAGCAUGUUGCAAAGGAUGAAAUACAACCUGAAUGCUCUUUCACAUGAUACAGCCAUUGAUCUGAUACAGUAUGCCUUGGACAGUGGAGUACAACUCAAAGAGGUGUACGUGGACACAGUCGGCCCAGCAGAGAAGUAUGAGGUGAAGCUCUCCCAACGGUUCCCUGGUAUCAAGGUUACUGUGAGGCCUAAAGCCGACUCCCUCUUCCCUGUUGUCAGUGCUGCCAGCAUCUGUGCUAAGGUUGCCAGAGACCGUGUUGUAAAAGGCUGGAAGUUUGCAGAAGACCUGGGGCAGAUAGAUACAGAUUACGGCUCAGGAUACCCCAAUGACCCCAAAACUAAAGAGUGGCUUCUGAAGUACCUGGACCCUGUCUUUGGUUAUCCUCAGUUUGUUCGAUUCAGCUGGAGCACCGCACAGACCCUCAUGGACAGCAAGGCAGUGACUGUACACUGGGACGAUGAUGAAGAGGAUGGGGAGAAGGCGGCAGAGCGGCAGAACAACCGGUCCAUGUUGUCUUAUUUCAGUGCAUCAGCAGAAGCCGAUAGAGCCCAGCAGACGCACCGUUUCUUCACUGAGAGGAGGCUGAAGAGUUUAAAGUCACUCUGAAAAGGCAUGGGAGGACGUUCAUUAUAUCCUGGACAUUAAAAUCUCAGUUGAGGAACAAGCAGCGAAGAUGCUGACAGAGCAUGAUAAAACAUCUGAUUUCCCAACGAUCUAAACUGCAGCCUUUAUUUAUCUUGUUUGUUUUUUUAUGAAUAAAAUUAUGUGUACGCA